AUGGCUGUCAGUCAGUCUGUGGUUGGCCGUGCCAAUGCAGAGAAGCCUCACGGUCUCCAGGGUUUUAUUUCAAACCCAUAUGUCUUCUUCACUUGUUUGUUUGCGUCGCUGGGUUGUAUCAUGUAUGGAUACGAUCAGGGUGUGAUGGGUCCUGUUCUCGUCAUGGAGAACUUCCAAAACCACUUCCCCACGUUCAUGGGAUCCACGAUCCAGGGUUGGUUGGUGUCGGCCCUUGAGCUUGGUGCCUGGGCUGGUGCUUUGAUCAACGGUGUUCUCGCAGAUCGUAUCUCGCGCAAGUAUGCCAUGAUGGUUGCCGUUGUCAUCUUCACCCUGGGCACUGGUCUCCAGGCCGGUGCACAGACUCCUGCGUACUUCUUCGCCGGAAGAAUCAUCGGUGGUGUUGGCAUCGGUAUGUUUAGUAUGGUUAUCCCAAUGUACCAAGCCGAGAUUGCUCCCCCUGAGCUGCGUGGAUCGCUUGUUUCUUUGCAGCAGCUGUCCAUCACGAUCGGUACCGCCAUUUCCUUCUGGCUUGACUAUGGUAUGCAGUUUGUCGGCGGCAACACCUGUAACCCGGAGGGUAUCUCGAACCCUUACUUGAGUGACGGCACGUAUAAUGCCGCUCAAAACAACGGCCACACCUGCUUGGGCCAGAAGACCAUCUCGUGGAGACUUCCUUUGGCUUUGCAGAUUAUCCCGGCUUGGAUUCUGUUCUUUGGUCUCUUCUUCUUCCCCUUCUCGCCGCGUUGGUUGAUGAUGAAGCACCGCGAUGAGGAAGCCAAGGAGUCCAUCUCUAAGCUGCGUCGCCUGCCGGUGAAUGAUCCACUUGUUCGCGCAGAGUACCUUGAGAUCAAGGCUGCUGUUAUGUUUGAUGAAGAGACUGAGAGUGAGGUUGUUGGAUCCGGAGGUAUAUUGGCUCCUUGGAAAGCCCUGUUUGCCCCCAACAUGUUCAAGCGCCUGGUCCUUGGUUGCGGUAUGAUGAUCUUCCAGCAGUUCACUGGUAUCAAUGCCGUGCUCUACUAUGCGCCCCAGAUUUUCUCUUCGUUCGGUUUCUCGUCCACAAAGACAACUCUUCUCGCCACUGGUGUGACUGGUAUCCUACAGAUUAUCUUCACCCUUCCCACCGUCCUUUACCUCGACAAGUUCGGCCGCAAGACCUUCCUAAUUGUCGGUGCUGCCGGCAUGUUCCUUUGCCAUAUUGUUGUCGCUAUAGUGGAAGGUAUAUAUGAGCCCAAGUGGAACUUGAACGAGGGGCUUGCCAGACCGCAAGGCUGGGUUGCCAUUGCUUUCAUCUGGCUCUUCGCUGUCAACUUUGCUUAUUCUUGGGGCCCCGUCGCUUGGGUAUUGGCUCAGGAAAUCUUCCCCAACAGUCAGCGCUCCCGCGGUGUCUCGAUCGUCGCUUCCACCAACUGGAUGUUCAACUUCAUUAUUGGUCUUACCACCAAGGAUAUGCUGGGCACAAUGAAGUAUGGUACCUAUAUCUUCUUCGCCAUCUUCAGUGCUUUGGGUGGUCUGUUCAUUUGGAAGUUUGCCCCUGAGACCAAGGACAAGACACUUGAGGAGUUGGAUGUCUUCUUCGGUGGUGAUAAUAAUAGCAUUGCCGAAGCUGAUCGCCUGCGCAUGAUGCGGAUCAACGAGAGUCUUGGUCUUGCCGGCGUUGAGAUCUUGGAGGAUCUCAAGUCUGAGAAGCAAAUUGAUACCGACCACGUCGAGGUUGAGUCUACCACGGCUUGA